UAUAGGCAGAACCAAAACAAGCAGACGAUCGCCUGUUCGCUACUCGCAGGUGGUUUUUCAGUGAUUGAUAUGUGUAGUGAAAAUGGCCGGCUGGGUGAUUUAUGGGUAUUAUCUCAUCUCGUUCACCCGCACAGAAUCAUAAUUGCCGUUAGAAUGGUGUAGUUUGGCAGUGAGUUGGUGCGGCCGUAGCGCCUGGCUACAGUAAUACAGUCACCCGAUCCCCAGGGGCAUAUCUCAGCAUCCUCUGUCAAGCUGGAUUUUGAAGAAAUGUCCCCUGUACCUUUGGAAGGUCAGCAGCUGCUUCAGCAACAACCGCAACAGCAUCAGCAGCUACAACAGCUUCUACAGCAAGUACCUCAGCAACAGAUGCAGUCGCCACAGCCUCAGCCACAGCCUCCACUUCUACAUGAAGAACCAUUGCAUCAACCAGAACAUGAACAAGUACUUUUCCCACAUACUCUUUCAGAAGGGCAACGUGGUGGAACCGUUAGCCUCGCCACCCUUAUUGACUUUAUUGUUCAGAGGACAUAUCAUGAACUCACGGUACUUGCAGAACUUCUCCCCAAAAAAACUGACAUGGAAAGAAAAAUUGAAAUAUACAACUUUGCUGCUAGAACACGCCAACUAUUUGUACGCCUUCUGGCCUUGGUCAAAUGGGCUAGCUCUGUGUCUAAAGUCGAGAAAUCUGCACAUGUCAUGGCUUUUCUAGAUAAGCAGUCUUUAUUGUUUGUGGAUACUGCUGAUAUGCUGGCAAAGAUGGCCCGAGAAACACUUGUUAACGCAUGCUUACCCGACUUCCAUAUCCCGGCAGCUGUUGAAAUUCUUACUACAGGAACUUUUGGACGUUUACCUCAGUGCAUUCGGGACCGUAUUGUACCUCAAGAACCAAUUACUACUACUGAGAAAGCAAAUACACUACUUCGCUUAAAUCAGGUCAUUCAACAUCGUCUUGUCACAAGCAAUGUUUUUCCGCAGAUGAAAAAUGUCACAAUUGAAGGUGGGAGGGCUACAUUCCAUGUAAAACAUGAGUUUAAGGUCUCACUCACAGUAAUGGGCGAUGGACCGAACAUUCCUUGGCGAUUGCUAGAUGUGGAAAUUCUUGUCGAAAAUAAAGAAAUCGGAGGGGGACAACCAUUAGUUCACCCUCUUCAGGUGGAAUAUGUGCAAGACCUCAUCCAGGCCCGACUGGCAGACAAUCCUAACUCAUUGAAUGAGGUCUACAACAUUCUCCAUUUUUUUGCCCAAUCACUUCAGCUUGAGAUCCUGUACUCUCAGGUUAUUCGACUGAAAAAAGAUCGACUUGGAGAAUAUGUUCAAGUCCAUAGUUAUGAACCAGGACAUCACUUAACACUUUCGUAUUGGGUUGAGCAGUCAAAGAAGGAACCACAUCCUGAGCUGGGUUACAAAUUUAGUAUUCAGGUCAAUGAAAGAGACAGUGCCAAACCUCUAACUGUUGUUCACCAUCCUCAUUUAGGUCACUCAGAGGCUGAAAUUGCAGAAAUAGCUGAAAAAGCCAUCCAUUCUGCUGAGUUAUCUCUUGAAAGGUUACUUGCCCAUACUAUCCAUAUCCGAACAAGAGCUUGCCUAACAGAAUUAAAAUCUGAAAUACAAUCCCUGUUGCCUGGAGUAGAAUGCACUGUCAGUGGUGUGCCAACAAUUCUUUAUGUUCCUCUUCUGCGGCCUUGUCAGCGAGCUGAACAAAUGUUGAUCACGAUUGAUACGUACACUGGCAUCAUUCAAUGUUGUGUCCCUCAGUAUGAAACGUCAUUGACGGAGGGUAUUGAGGUAGCUUUGAAUGGAGAUAGAUCCAAACUACCUACUUUACUAUCUGAGCUUCGAUUUUGGGUUAUGAAAAGACGUUGUGAAAAAUCACUCAUGCAUUUACCUGUCACAGUAAAGGAUUAUCUGCCUCUCCUUUCCCUCCAGGAGAGCCCUCUCGCUUCAAGAUUAGGAAGACAUCAUAUGCUGAUUCAGUUCAACCAUCAUCAAACUUUUAUUCUUAUUAUUGAUCUUCAGGAAAAUAAAGGGUCUUCUUUAGAUAUCACCUGUGCUUUCUACUUGGCAUCAGUAAGAGCAGUCUCAAUACAAGAAGAAGAACAAUCUUCAGAAGAUACUGAUAAUGAAAUGCCCAAACCAUAUCUUAAGGUCCUUACUCUGAUUGAACUGGACACUUUCGUUGCCACUCAUGGCCCAUGUACCAGUGUUGAUGAAUCCCAAUCAUUUGGUAAGCGUAAAAAACAUUUUAACACGGACCGUGAAUCACACCUUCGGAGUAAGCACCCUGCCUACUUCAUCCCUGAACUGGCUCAUGUUGUAUCAAUGUGUGAAGAAAGAAUACCAUUCAUUAAUUUGUGUCAUGAAUUGACAAGAAGGGGAAUCCCUCAUCAAGGCAUACAAGUGGAAGCCGAGGGCAAUGGCCUUGUUCUUCGUAUACUGACAUUUCCACCUCCCAACCGAGUGUCACCUACAGACCCUUACUAUGUCGCACUUUUGCAAAGAUUGUUGUCCGUGUCAGUUAGAUCUUCCACAAGGAAUCAAGGAAGAGUGUGGAUUUUGGAAUUGGUUUUUGCUGGGUCUCCUCUCCAGUCCACACAUCCUAAAGAACAGGGAAAUCGACAUCCAGUGUUCCUUCAUUAUGAUAUCUUGAGUGAGGAAGAUAUAUCCAAAACAAUUGAUUUACUUUUAGCAGAUUGGACAUAUAUUACACAGCUGUACAUGCUGGCUGAAGAGCUUUCAGAGGGUUUAAAAUGCAGCAAAUACCACUUAGCAGAUAUAUGUUCAAUAAAGUCCUAUAAUUAUUUGCAUUUUAUUAUUGCAUAUGGCCCCAAUAAAGAAGCAAUUGUUACUAUUGGAUGGGACACCGAAAAAAAUGCUUUUUGCCUCCUGUUUGGCAUAUCAGGUAAAGCCAUUGCUGCUCAUACACUUGUUCGUCCACAGUUGGAAGCAUUCCUAAACCAGAAUAGGAGCUCAGUUGUUCUCGUUCAAAUUCUUCAAGAAACCUAUGAACCCCUUGCAUCUCUUUCUAAACUUUCCUCUGUAGCACAAUUUGGUGUUAUUGGCACUAGACCUGCAAUUCCUAUUCAAACUUGGAAUAUGGCAGCACAAACGCCCACUACGCUUCAUCUCAUAUACAAAGGAACCUUUUCUAUUGAGGUGAGGAUUAAGGGAGGCAAUUGUGUUUCCUUGAGGGAUGGAGUUUACUCGUCUUUUGGUUCUUCUUCGGUCCCUGAUCUCAUUGCAGCCCAAGGUUUAAAGAAUUAUCUUAGUAAAUAUGCUGUGGACAACUCUCCAUCUGGGAGUCAGACUCACUCUUCAGACGAUGACAAUCAGCCUUCACCAGCAACGUUUGACUCUGAAGCAAACAGUCAUGGUCUUGGUCGUGGUCCCAAUUCACCAGCGAACCCAAAAGAUGGACUUCGUUUCCACGCCCCACUUACACCUCCAUUGGGAAGUAACCCACACACUCCAGCCAGUCCUCACAUGUCUAACAUUCAGAGCAACCAGCACCAGCAGAACUUUGGUUUGUCACCCGCCGCUUCAUUCAACCUCGCCUCACCCCCAGCUAUGUCUGCCUCCCCUGGAGUGGGGCUCAUGUCAGCAAACUCUCCCAACCCCCUUUCCUUGCCGAGCCCGCUCCAGAUGCCCAGUGCGUCACCUCAGCCCUCCAUGAUCGGCCACUCCCCUGCGAGCUCCUUCAUGGCAGGUCACCCGGAUGGUAGUCCGUUUCCUUCGAUGGCCUCGCCUGCUGCUUCCAACUGGCCCAACUCUCCGGCCACCCCUCGGUCAUCGCCGGGGCGCUCUGGCCCUGGUCUGAGCCCUGGCUCAGGAGUGCAGGGGGAGCAACAGCAACCCAGGCCCAACACCCUACGGUCCUGGGCUGCCCUGCCCACUGUCAUGACCUAUCACUCGCUAGAGUUGCUGUGCUCACCAAGUCCACUGCCACCUGCCGCACCAAACCUGCCCCCACCUCAAGUCCCACAUGGGACGCCAGACCUGUGUCCCUUGGAGCGCUUCCUGGGCAGUGUGUUCAUGAGGCGGCAAAUGCACCGCUUCAUUCAAUCAGAGGAAAUGCUUACAGACCUCAGGACAGCUGAACCUGGUUUUAAAACAGAGUGUCUGCAAUGCCGUCUUAUCCUCAACCCUUAUCAUUCUCUAACCAUUCACCUGAAGGUGGCUCCUCUUCCCGAGUAUAAAGAUCAGCUGAGUAUAGACGAAAUGCAGAUAAUUGAAAAGUUUUUUGAGAUGAGGGUAGCCUGCCCUCCUUACAAGCCUAACUCGCUUCUUGGACUGGCUCGAAUUCUGUGCACCCCACUGUUUGUCCUUAAAGACUUUAUUCAGAUUAUGAAGUUUGAUUUGAUGCCAAAUCUAGCACAACAAGCGAACUUUAAAUGGAGUGUCCAACUUUGUCUCAGAGUACCACCAGCCUCUGUUGCUCCAAUCGUUCCAACAGGACAACCUGGUGUUCUAUUAUUCCGCAACAAAAUUGUGUGCUUUAUUCAGCUUUCAAGAAUAUGUGUCGGUCCUGGAGAAGGAGCAUCAGUAGUCCUUCCCCUUAUGUACGAUGUUGCCCUCAGAAAUACUCAAGUCGCUGAGAAAAGGGAGCCCGGACCUGCCUUAGCUGUUGCAGCUGCAAACAUUCAGUUGAAGCGCUUUGCGGAGUACUCAGCCAGUUCUCAUGUUGGCCAGGAGUCGAUGCUGUUGUUGGCUGUGCGUGAUCUCUUGAUGAAUCUCAACCUCCCUACUGACAUGUCGCAGGUCGCUGGCAUGGUCGUUGGCCCCAACAGUUGCCACUCCCCAGCAGGCAUGAUGCAUUCUCCCUUGGGCAUGGGCGGAAUGGGCAUGCACGGCCACGGCAUGGGCAUGCACGGCCAUGGCAUGGGGAUGGGGCCGGGGGGCAUGCACAUGGGGCCGGGGAUGGGGCACAUGGGGGGGAUGGGGCCCAUGGGAGGCAUGAUGGGACCAAUGGGCUCUGGGAUGGGCAUGGGAAUGGGGCCGGGCAUGGGGCACAUGGGCGGGAUGGGCGGCAUGGGGCCCGGCGGCAUGGGGGGGCCCAUGGGGAUGUCGAGUGGCAUGGGGAUGAUGCCCGGGCCUGGACAUGGUGCCAUGGGCGGGCAGGUGGGGCCCAUGGGACCAGGCGGUGGCAUGUGCGGGCCUUAUGGGGGACCGAUGGGAGGGCAGAUGGGGAGCCCCAUGGGCGGCAUGGGUGGCCCGCACGGUAGCCCCAUGGGAGGGCCUAUGGGUCCCAUGGCAGGGGGCAUGGGGGGCCCGAUGGGCGGUCACAUGGGGGGGAUGGGUCCAGGUGGCCACAUGUCACAACACGGAAUGAUGGGGCCAUAACUUACUCAAGGUCUGAUUGCCUACAUUAGGUGGGACUGUAUUCCUGUUUUCUAUGUUUUCAUUCCUUUAGUAUCCUAUUCCUAUUAGAUCUGGUAUUAUGGCAGGUUACCAAAUGUCAGCUGUUAUGACAAAUAUCCAUACCAAAGUGUGUGAUCUAAAGAACUUACUUUUGAUUGAGAUAUAGUACAAAGUUAAUCUCAUUUUAUCUCUCCUUGUUAUUUGACGAAAUAUUUGUUUGUUUUUUUCUUCAUUAUAAUUUUUGACUUAUUUAACAGUUGGUGACUUUAAAGAUGUUAUUUAUUGCUUGUUAAAAAAUAUUUUUAAUUUUAAUUGAGUAUGUGUGUUUGGUUAAACUUGUUGUAUUUAUUCUUCUUUUGCUUCCUUGUAAAGUGUAUUACUAGUUUUAAACAGUUUUACUAAUCUGCUUGUAAACAUUAUAUCAAUAGUCACUUCUCUUUUAUAUGUUGUGUGUUCAGUGAUGUUAAAUCAAGUAAAAUAUCACUUUCCAAGUCCA